AUGGAAAGCCAAUAUGCAAUAAAUAAUAAUAAACUGACAUCUUUAAGUGAGCAAAACAUCAUAGACUGCUCGUGGAAUUAUGGAAACAAUGGAUGUAGUGGAGGAUUGAUGGGGAAUGUGUUUGAAUAUGUCAAAGUCAACAACGGAAUUGACACCGAGGAAAUGUAUCCUUACGAAGGAGAGGUAUUUUUUCUGAUUAAAUCAAAGGAUGAAACUUGUCGAUAUAAAAGAAAUCCAUUCACAUUGACUGGCCAGGGAAUGGUUGAUUCUGAAAACGAAACAGCUUUGAUGGUGGCCGUAGCCACAAUCGGUCCAAUCUCCGUUGGAAUUAACGCAAAUUCAGAUUUCAUGCAAUACGAAUCGGGCAUGUUUUCAGAAAAAGUGAUUUUUAGGAAUUUUCACUAG